AUGGCGCCGCCGGAGCCGGAGGUGUUCGACGUCGUCAUCUUCGGGGCCUCGGGCUUCACCGGCAACCGGGACCGCGUCGCGGCCGCGCUGCGCUGGGCUGCGGCCCCGGCGCCGCCGCCCGAGGACGUGCCCAUCCUCGCCGCCGACACCUCCGACCCGGCCUCCCUCGCGGCGCUCGCCGCCCGCGCCCGCGUCGUGCUCUCCUGCGCGGGGCCCUUCCGCCUCCACGGCCACGCCGUGGCGGCGGCCUGCGCGGCCGCGGGCGCCGACUGCCUCGACAUCUCCGGGGAGCCCGAGUUCAUGGAGCGCGUCGAGGCCGAGCUCCACGAGCCCGCCGCCAGGACCGGCUCGCUCAUUGUCUCCGCCUGCGGGUUCGACUCCGUCCCCGCCGAGCUCGGCUUCCUGUUCCACUCCAGGCAGUGGGAACCACCGUCCGCGCUGGUCUCCGUGGAGGCGUACGUGUACCUGCAGUCGACCAAGAGGAUCGUCGGGAACAUCGGCACCUACGAGUCGGCCGUGCUCGGGGUGGCCAACGCCGCCCAGCUGCAGGCGCUGCGCCGGUCCAGGCCCAGGCGACCCAGGCCCAAUAUUCCAGGCCCUCCGCCUCCUAAAGGCUCACUGAUUGAGGGUCAGAAUCCUCUGGGAAUGUGGGCUAUGAAGUUGCCUUCCGCUGACACAGUGGUCCUGAAGAGAACUCUAUCAACCUUGACUGAGCAUCCUGAGGGCCUUCCUGGUGCAGAAGAAACCCCAGAGUCCCUCCUGCUGAAGUACCCUGAGUUUUUCUCCGCUGGGAUGUUCAGGAGAGCCGGGCCGACUGAGGAAGAGGUGAAGAGCGCCUCGUUCAAGAUGUGGUUUGUCGGGCACGGCUACAGCAACGUGGAUAGCUCGUUGGAGCUCGGAAGAAGCAAGCCGGACAAGGAGGUGAUCACCAAGGUUUCGGGACCUGAGGUCGGUUACAUCACAACUCCGAUCGUGCUGGUGCAGUGCGCCCUCGUCCUGCUGAGCCAGCGUGCCAACCUGCCCAAGGGCGGCGUGUACACGCCGGGUGCCGUCUUCGGCCCUACCGACCUCCGGCAGCGCCUCCAGGAGAACGGGCUGUCAUUCGAGGUUAACGCGACUAGGGCCAUGCACUGA